AUGACGCCCAAAUGGCUAUUGGCCCAACCGAUUGUAGUAACUGAAAAUAAUGUAACAAGCUUCUACGUGCGUAGUGUUGGGAUUUAUAACAGAUGUAUCAGAAUGGCUAAUGACCCCAACAACUGCGCUCCAUUCUCUUUUUAUGGGCUGGCAACUGAUUCAAAUGUAUACCCGACUCCAUGGAAAGCAGCUAUGUUCUUCCUGUCCUUGUGUGCUGCUAUACAGUUUUCAACGGUGCUAGCUGGUGUAUUAGCAUGCUGUGUCCAAUCAGUGUUUAAAAAGAGUGUUAUAUCAUUGGCGGGUGCUACGCAAGCUUUGGGAGGCCUAUUUGGUGUACUGGGCAUUCUAUUGUAUCCAUGGGGCUGGGGUGCAGCUAGAGUGAAAAGACUGUGUGGGGAGUACUCCGAGCCUUAUAUACCAGGGGACUGUUCUAUUGGCUGGGCGUUGUAUGCUACUAUAAUGGGUGUCGGUCUAGUCUUCUUGGCCAGUGGCCUGUCGAAGGUCGCCGACAAAGCGGCCAAUUCCGACAAAGUACAGUUUCAAAUGGACGAAGGGAAGCAAUUGAUCUGUCUCGCUUGA